CACCACUACGAAGAAACCACCGAUCACAUAACAAGUGGCUGCCCUGAAUUAGCAAAGUCGGUGUACAUACAGAGACACAAUAAGGUCGCCUCCUACAUCCACUGGAAUAUCUGCAAAGACUACAACAUCAAAGUGGGGGACAAGUGGACCGUAUUGGAACAUAGUGGAGCAUAGACCAGAGACAAUAACAGAAAAUGGAAAUGAAUCCUGUACUAUUCUCUGGGGCAUGCCGGUUAACACUAAAAACAGAAACCAAAUUCAACAGAUCAUUAUAAGGGACCAAGAGCUGAAGAAAUGCCUACUGAUCGAUAUGGCUGUAUCCGCUGAACAAAUAACCUGUCAAAAUGGUUGA